AUGGUGAAGUUCUGCAAUGGAGGCGACAAGCUCGAAAUAACAAUCACCACCUCUGAGACCGUCACAUGGAACUUCGGAGACGGCGACCUCCCAACAGGAAACGCUGAAACAUCAGACGCAACCAAAACGGUUAUGACGUUGCCCACCCUGACAGCAGCGCACACUGGCGUGUACAAGGCCACCUACGACCCGAACAAGGUCGAGAAGUUCACCAUCAUUGUUGGUGCCAAGACCUGCACCGCAGUCACCCCAUGCAUCGUCAAGCCGGGUGGCUCCAUCCAUCUGGACUCCGGAGAGCCAACAGGUGUCACCUGGUACUUUAAGGCGCCUUCUGGCUCUGAAACCGAAAUCAAGGACAGUGGCACUGAUGAUCCACCCAAGUUCACCGACACCGACAAGAAAGAGUUGGGCCUCUUCAACCUGCAAAAAGCUGAAAGCGGGACGUACACGGCCAAGAAACCGAGCAAAGCCGCAAAAGACUUUCCAGUCGCAGUCCGAGCUCCCGUCACCGAGGCCAAAGUCCAAAAGCGACAGAGCGGCUGCAAUGUGAUCUUAGAGUGCAAUGUCGAUGGUGAUGCCAAAUCCUUCAAAUGGACCAACGGCGGAACUGUCGUAGCUGAUGCAACUCAGAAGCAGUUGACCAUCCAGAAGGUGGAUGCUGGAGCGAACGCUGAUUAUGUUUGCAAGGCCACAGACUACGACAACGGGGAGAAGACUAGCGCCACCUUCGCCUACACCUACGCAGCGUGA